AUGCCUAAUUAUACGAAUUUAAAGGAAGAAGGAAUCUUCCUCAGAGAACAUAGUAAAUCAGUCCGCGCAUUACACAGUACCGUGAAUUCAAACAGAAUACCUGAAGUAGAUGAUCAGCUCAUUCAAGACACUUUUGGAGGCCGUAAAGUAUUAAGUAGAACAACACAAAAAAACAAAAUUCCGAAAUUCAAAUCGAUUCUCGUAACUGGAGGAGCGGGCUACAUUGGCAGCCAUUGCGUGGUGGUUCUGCUAGAAUCCGGAUAUGACGUCAUUGUUAUCGACAACUUCUCGAACGCUGUAGAAGACGAAGCUGGAUCCCCAGCGUUGAAGAGAGCUGAAGAAAUCACGGGAAAGAAGGUCGUGUUUUACAAAGCCGACUUGCUGAAUAAAGCCCAGAUAAACGAUAUUUUUGAAAAGCAUAAAAUUGACUGCGUAGUCCACUUCGCGGGAUUGAAAGCUGUUGGAGAAUCAAUGCAGAAACCACUUCUAUACUACAAGAAUAAUCAAUUUGGAACGCUCAAUUUACUAGAGAUUAUGCGUUCACAUGACUGCUACCAAAUGGUGUUUUCAUCGUCAUGUACUGUGUACGGAGAACCAGAAUUUCUGCCCAUCACAGAGAAUCACCCUACAGGCAACGUUACCAGCGUCUACGGAAGAACCAAGUACUUCAUCGAAGAAAUGUUGAAGGAUUUAAGUGCUGCUGAUAAAAAAUGGAACAUUAUAGCGCUCCGGUACUUCAACCCAGUGGGCGCGCACCCGUCAGGGUUAAUAGGCGAGGAUCCCACCAAGGAGUUCACCAACCUGAUGCCCUUCAUGGCGCAGGUGGCUCUGGGCAAGAAACCGGUUCUGACCGUCUUUGGCAACGAUUAUAAUACUCCUGAUGGAACUGGUGUACGAGAUUACAUUCACGUGAUGGAUCUGGCCAGCGGACACGUAGCAGCGCUAAACUUACUUGCCAACAAACGUAUCGGUCUCAAAGUAUAUAACUUGGGGACCGGCAAAGGCGUAUCUGUCAAGGAGUUGGUAGACAUUUUCGAGAGCGUGACAGGCACCAAGAUCCCGUUGAAGUACGUGGAUAGAAGACUUGGCGACAUCACGGCGUUGUGGGCUGACGCUUCCCUCGCCAAGGAGGAGCUCGGAUGGAGCACACGGUACAGCAUUGAGGAGAUGUGCACCGACUCCUGGCGAUGGCAGACGAUGAACCCAGAUGGGUACCCCAAGAAGAACAAGACCACAGUCAUCGUCAAGGAAGGAAGACAACGAGAUGUGUUAUCACGCUACUUACGUUAACAGCCUGCCCAUAUUGUCAUAAUCCACACUCCAUUCCACCUAUGGACAACUAGACGUCGGCAGGCAUUUCAUCCUUGUUGUGGACACGGAAUAGAAGAAAGAGGUUGGAAUGGCCCUAACUCUGCCAACCAUUGCUCAAUGGCUCAAAUUAGCUUCAAAACGUUUUUCGAUUCUGCUCCGCACCACCCAAAUCCCCUGGUAGUUGCGGCUUCCGAAUACAUCCCGCUUAGGGACGGUACUGAAAAGUAUCGGUAGGUAAUAUACGAUCCCGACGACCCGAUUACUCUAGCCAAAGAGGCAGCCAAUCAGCUCGCGACACCAAACACUUCAGGACCCCGAUACCGACCCCGCCGGCGUGGUCGACGAUUUCCCUCAAUCAGCGCUUAUCGCUAUCGACCCACUAGGGUCGUUUAAUUCUUUCAAAUAUUUUUCCCCUCAGACGACUCCCUGAGCCGAGGUUCGCGCCCAACUGGGCACCCACAGGUCUGUUGUCUUAAACGUUGUACCGGGUGAGCCUUCAGCGCUCCCAUUUAUCCGGCCAAGUAGUUAAUGCCAUCUGCGGCAAAUACGUAUACAAAAGUCACGUCAAAAAAAAAGAAGGUUCGACCCAGUUCAACCCCACUCUCUUUUCCUACUCCUCCCGCAAACAGAUAACUACGAUAGUUCUACUGCUUCUCAAAUUCCAUAGCCACUUUACCGGCAAUGUAUAUGCGAUAGGCUGCAAUUUUACCAUUACUUUUCGUAAGAUACUGCUUACAAAAGUAUUUAUUUGACAAAUAGCCGAUCAUACUGAGGUUUUUAGCUUUCCUGUGAUAAGAAGGGAUCUCCUUGCCUGAUAGGCGAUACUAGAAUUUUUGCCCUGCAGGUUAAAUAAUACACAAAAGGACCUUUUAAUAUAUUGACGCGGAGUUGUCGUGUGUCGUAAAGUUUGCGGACUAGCAAAGUGCAAAGUUGAAGUAUGAACUUUGCUCAUACUUGUAUGGCGUGCGUUUUGCGCUCCCUUAGCCCUUCCAACCUUUUUCUCCUAUUCCAUGGUUGUGGAUAUUCCUUCAAUCCGUACUAAACGUUUUACCUCUUCUUUUUUGAUUCGAACUGCAAAGGACUGGAACUGUCUGCCGUAGUCUGUUUUUUCAACUCGUUAUAAUUUGGAGUCUUCAAGGCUAGAGUGAAUAGGCAUUUUCUAGGUAAGCGUGAUACACCGUAGAUCACGUAGUCACUUACCAUCAGGUGAGAUUGUGGUCUAACGUCAGCCUAUUUUAUUUAAAAAAGUAAAUAAAAAUAAUCAGGAUUAUGGGUUACAUAUUCUAUACCUGCUUUUAUUUUAUUACUAUUACAAUUAACUACAUUGAAUACAUUACCAGUCCAGU